UAAGCUGGACAUCAGCCUGGUGUCAACCUGUUACCGUUAUUAGCCGGUUAAUCCUGGGAUCAGGCCGGGGUGGGGCUCGUCCCAAUUGGGCUGCUGUGACAGGCAGGAUCUCCUGGGAGCUAGGGGGAUUAAUGUAGGCUAACUGCCUCUGGCCCCUUCUGGGGCAGUCGGGAGCCAGAGAUGAGGAGGAGAACCAGGGUGGAGCCAAUUAGACUGAGGAGGGCAAUCUGAGUGGAUUAGCAGAACGACUGUACAGGGAAGAUGCAUUAGUGGUGCAGGAUGUAGUUCACGUGUGUGGGGAUGUGGGUAAUGUAUUUACACACUAUGCUGUAUGUGGAUUGUUGUGUUCCUGUCAAUGUGUCUAAAGAAGAGCUCAGAUAUCACUCUCUGAAAGGGUUCUUAAAGGGGUGUAAUGGCUGCGAUAUAGAUCAUUGAUAACCCUUAUGAAUGCUGAGCCCACUCUCGGUAAGCGUGUGACUUGACUUUUCACAUUCUCUUAUCGGUCCCACUGGGGAGAUCGAUAGUUCCUUACUCAUGCCCUACUAAUGCAAGGUUCUCUCGCUCUCACUCACUCACUCACUCACUCACUCACUCACUCACUCACUCACUCACUCACUCACUCACUCACUCACUCACUCACUCACUCACUCACUCACUCACUCACUCACUCACUCACUCACUCACUCACUCACUCACACCUCCCGGCCUGUUUACAGGGGAUUAGCUCCACCUCAGGGGAGAGAGCCAUGCAAGCAUGUCUACCUGCCUGGAAUAUCAAUGGCAACCUAUAAAAUACUUCCUUUUCACUGUUAAGAAAUGGCAUGGGAGCAGGGACAUUUGGAAUACAAUGGGAGACCAUCUCCACAAAUCUCAUUGUUACAGGCACCUUUGCUUUCAACAGAUAAAAGGUCUUUCUCUCGCUCUUUCUUUGUCUGUCUUUCUGUCCGUGGUGGCCAGAGUAAUUCUCCCUGUAGAGGUGCUGUCAGGACCUGUGCUUUUUGACGUGGCUGGGUCAGUCUGUUUAAAAUGCAUUAGGCCUGGGUCGACAGGGCAGGGAGCAUGGCUCCUCACUUCUGGGGGACAAAGACCCUUGAAAUUGGUGACAGCAGAGGUGGAUAAGGUGGCUGACCUGUGACCUUAGGUUUGCUGUGCUCCGUCAGAGGUGAUGGAGUGUGUGUGUGUGUGUGUGUGUGUGUGUGUGUGUGUGUGUGUGUGUGUGUGUAUGUGUGUAGAUGGGCUUUUCCUGCCGCUGAACACAGUAUGAUCAGAGAGACACUGAAAUAGAUUUUAGAUUGCUUCAAAUUCUCUUUUUUGAGGCAAGGUAGGCUAAUACAUUACUAUUCAGUUCUGAACGAUGUGACGUCUAUCACUUCCUCAUAUUUAAUGAGCCAAGGUAUCGGAGCAGAAUUAACAGCUCCCACUCCCUCUCUCUCUCUCCCUCUGUCCCUGUCUACUAUAUCCUCGGUUUCACUCUCACUCUCUUUCUUUUGUCAUCUCUGUCGCUGCUCCUCCACCCACUAGCUUAAUUACCAGGCUUCAUAGUCAGUUUGCCUGGCAAGGCCUGAUUGCUCUGAGCACUGGAGCUGAGGGCGGAGAAGAAGGGGGAGAACGGAGGGGGGGCACGAUAGUGGACUGCAAGAUUGCCAACACACACACGCACACAGGUCCAAUGAAGCACUGAGCCAAUUGGUUUGGGAUAACAUUGGGGAGAAUCAGGAGCUAGAUGGCAGAUACACAGAGGUAACUCUCCAUUGAACAGCUUAAUAUCGUUAAGACAUAAUGGACUGGUGAGCACCUGCUCUCAACACGCCGUCAGCUAUCCCACUGAAGGUAGCGUUUUCAUCCCGCUGACGCCAGGAUCAGACAGGCAAACGGCGAUAGAGGAGCCGAGGCCGUCUUUUUGAAGGCUCCCUCCCUCCUCAAGGUUCAAACUCAUUGUCACCAAUUUAAAAAAGGACACCUCAGAGCAACGCUUUUUCCUUUCACCAUGUCUCCAUUUGAGCACGCUCACAUUACGGUGUGCCUUUGUUGAUGGCGCUCUUGUUUAAUCUCUCGAUAAAUACAAUUGCAUAUUUAAUUGGUCUUGUUAUCUCUGUGACAGUGACACCGGUGUAUGUCUUUCUACAGCAGUGAGACAUUGUCACUCAGUUCGGGGUCUUUGUAUUCAUUAUACUAAGUCAGUGCACUAAGGGAUUUCACUGGCUCUGUGGGCCCUAGCUAAUCAACAGGGAUGUGAUAAUGGGUUAGGGAAAGCGGAAUGUGGGGAUUGGCUUAGGGAUGGCUGGCCGUUCCGUACUGUACGGUGCAGGUCCUGAGGUUGCCCUGGCAACAGGAGGUUUGCUUUAGAAGGACAGUGGAACAUCAAUCAAAUAAAGGCCCUGCCUUUUAUAACAGAUACGGGGGAUAAAUGCCACUAAAGCAGUAGCUAUCUUAUUGGUGUGUGUGUGUGUGUGUGUGUGUGUGUGUGUGUGUGUGUGUGUGUGUGUGUGUCUGUGCCUGUUCGCAUUACUGCGAUGGAUUUCUCAUUAUUCCGUCAGGAGAGUUUGUGUCUUUGUCUGCCUCUUAACUCAAUAUCAUAUGUAUAAUAGAAUUGUCUUGCAUAAACAGAGUUUGAAUGAUGACAAGGACCCGGAGCGCUCCUUCUCAUUUUCUACCUGUCUCGUUCCCUCUCAUUCUCUCUGUGUCUCUCUUUCACUCAUUGCUAAUCACUAAAUGCUAUUUUGAUUUUCUUCUAACACUUCCUGGUUAAUUGAUCAGGUAAACCAGAGACAACCAUUGUGUGCCUGCUCUUGAUAGCAAAAGAUUGUAAAUCGUUAUGCUUAAAUGGGGUGUAUAUGGUCCAAAUUAACUUGCUGUUGGGUGGCUGGUUGCAGUAUGUUAACUGUUGCUUUUUGUGUUGAGAUUUAUCGCCGCUGCUGGCUGGUGUUUAAGAAGUCGUCCAGUAAAGGACCACGCAGACUGGAGAAGUACACUGAUGAGAAGUCCGCUUACAUCAGAGUUUGUCCUAAGGUGACCGAGAUCAGCAAUGUGAAGAAUGUCACAAGGCUCCCAAGGGACACCAAGCGCCAGGCAGUAGCCAUCGUCUUUACCGAUGACACCUCGCGCAUGUUCACCUGUGAAUCAGAGCUAGAAGCAGAGGAGUGGUUCAAAACCCUGUCAAUCGAAUGCCUGGGGACCCGCCUCAAUGACAUCAGUCUAGGAGAGCCGGACUUGCUGGCAGCAGGUGUUCAGUGUGAACAUACAGAGCGUUUCAAUGUGUUCCUACUGCCCUGCCCUAACCUGGACAUCUAUGGGGAGUGUAUGAUGCAGAUCACCCAUGAGAAUAUCUACCUGUGGGACAUCCACAACCCUCGCACCAAACUGGUCACCUGGCCUCUCUGCUCCCUGCGCCGCUACGGACGAGAUGCCACGCGCUUCACCUUCGAGGCUGGACGGAUGUGUGACAGUGGAGAAGGCCUGUACACAUUCCAGACGCGGGAGGGAGAACAGAUCUACCAGAGAGUCCACUCCUCCACCCUGGCCAUCGCUGAGCAGCACAAGAGAGUUCUGAUGGAGAUGGAGAAGAACAGCAGAUUGUCUAAAGGUUCUGAGACGGGCUCCUACCCCUGUACACCCACGGCCAUCCUGCCCCGCAGUGCCUUUUGGCACCAUAUCACUGGCACUCAGGGGGGCAUGGACCCAGCCCAUGGUGACAUGUUUGGUGGUUCUCAGACUGGCGCUGAUGCAGACCUGCUCUCCACCCGACUGCCCUCAGAGCCACGCCACUCUACCAUGCCCCUGGCACACAGCCAACACUCCCCCGUCCGCUACCCCACCUACCCCAGCCAGUGAUCCCAGGGGUGCAUUGCAGACCCCUAGCCUCCUCCACCACAACCCUACUCUGUAUCCGAACACUCCUCCCAUUCUCCUUUCUCUGCAGCGCUCACCUCGACUCCAAGCCCCCUCAUCUACCCUCCAGCCAAUCAGGUUGGGGUGGGGUCAUAGGACCUACCCUAAAGCUGGUAGCUCUCUGAAGCAGGACGUGACAGCGCCUCUAGUCUUCUCUUCAAAGGCUGGUUACCUGAAGGAACUUCAACCCCCAGAAUCCCUCACUGUGGGGUCAAAGUGCAUUGUGUGAGCCGGCAGUGGCAUGUUGCCUCUUAGUGAGCUGACAUUGUGGCAUGGUGCAUCGCUCUCUACUCUGCUGUGGGCAUGGAGGAGGAACAGAGGAGGAUGGGUGUGAGCUGUAAGGAUGUGAUUUAGUGGGUGUCCUCUCUUCUAACCCCUGUGAAAUCAUGUUUUUUUUCUGGGGGGAUUCACCUCAACCCCCUUUGCGAAAGACCUCUACUUGUACCUCAUGCCAGCUCUUAGCAAAGUUCAAUGUUACGGGCUCAGGACGUCCCCAUAUAGCUCUUAUUGGGGGUCAGAACAGAAGGACCCCUUCCUACCAUCCAGCUCCAGCAUGAUAAUGAUUGUGGCGCUAGCUCCAACCCAUAACCUCAAUCUGACAGACGCGUAUGUAAGACAACAGUUUCCUCCCAAGAACUGGCCUUGGCUUCCAAGUCUGUGUGUGUGUGUGGGUGGAAGAGAGACUGUCCCUGGACUAUCAUCCAAACAAACAUCUGGUCUAAUUCCACAGAGAAACAAUGGACCACUUGUCUUUCAUCUUUCUUUCUUUUACUUAAAAAAAAACAACUUGUAGCAGACAUAGCUGACUUUGCCUUGUAUUCUGUUCUGUCUGAUAAAGAAAAUAGACAUAGAUUUUUCUGGGAGGAUAGAGAGAG